GGCGCUGGGGCUGGAUCCUGCACUCUGCCAGGGAGCACCUCUGUUAUGAACACACAGUAAACCUGGGAUCAGCGGCUGGACCAAGUACGGAGAUGAUGUGGCGUCUUGUGAUCCUGCUAGGAGUUGCCCUCACUGUGGACUGCUAUGCCGUCCGUGACAUACAUGAGCGCUUGGCCCACGGUCGCCAGCUGAAGAUCUACCUGCCCAAGAGUGCAGAGAAGCUGGAGUUCACACCAGCGGAUGAACCCGGCCAGACAUUUCUGUACUGGGAGAAUGGGAGACACAGGAUGAACAAGGGCAGGGUUUCUGGAACAGGAAAUGACCGACGCUGGUACAUUGACAAGGUGACUUAUGAGGACCAGGGGACGUACACCCAGAGAGACUACUGGAAUAAAGAGAUUUCCACUGUCAAAGUGGCUGUUACACCCAGGCAUAACUAUGUGAAGCGUAUACCAGGAGAGACACUCUACAUCUCACUGGAGGGGUUGGAUCUGGCUGAUGCCUACCUUUCCUUCUCUGGGGAGGUCAAUGCUACGUUGGUGAGUCAGGGUUCGACGGUGGCUCAGGACCUCCCAGAUUACUGGGACCGGGUCAAGACCCACUCCAUGAACAUCGAGAUCAGAGAUGUAAACACCACCGAUGUGGGGCGCUACACCCUGACAGACCGCAGGGGCCGAGUGGUGUCUGUUACCCGCAUGGAUCUGACUGACCAUCAUGACUAUGAGGGAGGUAACCCUCUCCUGGCUCUCCUCUUGCUCCUGGGUAUCCCAGCUGGUAUUUGCUGCUGCUGUCGGAAGAAGAUCUUCAAGCAGAAAGCCUCCACGACUGCGACGCUGCAGGGUACUCCAGAGACAGUGUGCCCCCCCGCAGGAGGCCCCACCGGACCCCCUCCUGCUUACAACACUCCUGGAGACCAAGGAGGAGCAGUGCACUACUAUGACCCUAACUCGGGUUCUACAGUCCAUCCUCCCCCCAAUCCAGUUGCCCCAGGACAGUGGAAUGGCCCUCCACCUGCCCCAGGUUUUAACCCGGCCUACCCCCCCCAGAACCCUGUCUACCCCCCUGCUGGUCCGGCCAUGGUCCCCCCUGCCCAACCUCCACAGUGGAACGGUCCACCACCUGGCCAGUACCCCCCUGGACCCGGAGCUCCUAUGGGCUAUGGUCCCGUGAUGUACAGUGCUCCGCCUCCAAAAGAGGGUAGUCAACCAGUUGAAGAGGUCAAGAUGGAGAACAUGGCUUCCUCACCUGCCGAUCCCCUGCUUACUACCCCACCACAGGCUGCCACUUCUCCUGAUGCUCCCGUUCCGCCGUCCUCCAACAAUGCCUACACGUUUGACAUCGACAAAGGAGACAAAUCCUCCACCAACUUCCUCUAGGGUCAGCACCUCCUCUAGCAACUUCUUCCCGGUCCUUCCCGACUCAAACUUGGUGUCGCGAUCAAGGCUGUUAAAAGAAGGCUGAGACACGGUCUUUGACCCCUUGGAAGCUAUGGGGUAUGACACUUGCGCAGAGAACCUGAAGCUACGAUGUUGGAGUGUUAACCAGGGUGCCAGAAAUGAAGGUAUGGUGUCUGCUCAGAUGCUCUUGGGAUGUGCUCCAAGGAGCGUAGCCCUGGUGUUCUAUCAUUGUGCACCAUCCAUUGAGCCUUUUUGCAAGUGCAGACCAGAUUUUCCUGCACAAGUGUUGUACCCCAAGGAUAAGAUGGAAUAUGAAACCGUGUCCUCUCCUUCCUUUUAGUCUCCUUGGUUGCGAUGCCCCUCUGUGGCCAUUUUGCAUUUGGACCCGGAAUGAAAAAUGUCAAAAGUCAACAAUCAGUAACAUUUUGACAGCAGCCUCCUUUCCUUGUCUCCUUGCCUUCCACCUCAGAUAACUGAUGAUGAACUGGACUCCUGACUUUUUUUUUAAUGUGUUAUUUGGCAAUGUAACCAAGUGUCUAUGGUAUAUCAUCAGCUGUUUUUACUUGGUCAUCCAUAGAGUGGCAUUGGCUUUCUGGGGUUUGGCUUUUCAGAGACAAGAAAAGGAUGUCUUUGCUUGAAGUGUUAUGAAUGGAUGUCAAAAUCUGAUCUGAUAAUUACAGUUUACCAUAAGUUCAGUAGAGUCAUAUCCAAUCUAGGAAGUGGCCAAGAAUGAUUUAUAUAACAAAUGAACAUACAACAAGUGAAUUUGCGUUUCUAUCUAAAUUUUCAUUGGAGAAUGAUCCAUCCCGUUUUGAUUCCUUUGAUCUUCUCUCCUCAUCCUCUAGUCCCAACACAGAGUUUGCUAGUUAGAGUUGACUUCUGUCUGUCCUCCAAAGUUUGAGGUGUGAGGAGGGGUUGCAAAUAACAAUGGAAAUCAGGAUAUGAAGAAAAGGUUCUUGAGUCUAGAAUCAAGCCGCUGAAAAAAAUGGAAUGAAAACUUCAUAGGAAGGGUUGACCGACGCCUUAGAAGAAAAAAAGUGUAGCCAACAAAUUGCAGAGCCUUAUGGUGUCUUCACAGUGUCUUUUUUUUUUUUUACAACCAAACCGUCAGAAUGGUAUCAAAAGAAACACGUUGACUGCCUUUCAGAGUGGCCUCCUGGCCAUUCAAGCAAAAAAAUCCUAGCACUCAUCUUCCAGCCUCUGAAACCUUUUUCCCCAGAACCAUUUAUCAGCUAGUUGUAAUGCAUCAGAAAGUACCAGAAUCCGCCCUGUACAAAGCAUGGACAACCCAUCAGCCAGUCAGAUGGCUACUUUAUCUUUGUCCAUUAUGGAGCCUAGGGAAUCCCAGGCUCAUUAAUUAAUUUGCUCACAUGAAUUAGGACUACAUAAAAAUUAGAUUAAGUCUAUAAAUGAACCAAAACAAGGAACUAAUAUUUAGCUCACUCACAUGCACCAGGAUCUAAUGCCCUGAGUGCAGUCAAAGCUGAUCUCAGCAUGUAAUUUUAACUUCCUACGGCCGCUCCCAGGGUCUGUGCAUCCAACUGGUUGGAUAUUCUGAUGUGAGGACAAUAUCACAAGUGACUGAACGAGGAGUACAACAGUUCAUUUGGAAUGCUCUGGGUCAGGAUGGAGUGACUGACAUCUCCUCUUAUUGGCAUCUGGAACAGCGGUCAGAAACCUUCCCAGCUCCCAGGUGACAUUCAGUGACCUGGAAAUCGUAGCACAAAUGUCUUUCUCUACCAAAGUCUCUACCAUCCCCACAGGGUGUGCAGACACUCCUCUGAGGGCACUAUCUGUUUCUGGCAGCUCAAAGUAACAUCAGCCAGGUGGCUGCUAUUUUAAAGAAAAUACAAUAACUGUCACUGGAAUA